AUGCAAUAGUUUCCAACAUAAAUUGAAUUUUAAGAAGACUUCGAUUUUAAAAAUUCAUAAUUGUUAGGACAAGGAACAUUCGGAAAAGUUUACAGAGCAAAAGCUCUAAAAUCUCUUCCUCCUGGAAAUUAUGCCCUAAAAAUAAUUGAAACAAUUUCGUAUAAAAUUAUCUUAACUUAAGCGAAUAGGCUUAUGAGCUUGCAAUUUAAGAAUUGAACUUAUAUCAAGUGAUCACUUAUCAUUAAAGCGUAAUAAAAGUUUAUAAAGUUUACUCAUGGAUAGAGGAUAAGAAAUAUAUUUUAGUCUUUGCUAUGGAAUUAGCACAUAAUAGUUUAAAAGCUGAUAUUGAAGAAAGAAGAAAGGCUUAAUAAGAAUUUGGAGGUAAUAUUAAAUAUGUAAUAUUGUUAGAUAUUAUGCUAAUAGACAUCAUGAUUUAAUGUUUGAAAGCAUUUUAUUAUCUAGCAAAAAAUAAACAUUUGUUUCACAGAGAUAUUAAACCAGAAAAUAUAUUAGUGACUUGUAGACAACCAUUUACAAUUAAAUUAGCAGAUUUUGGAGCAGGAAAAGAGAACUUUAAUGGUUAAACAAUGCUUAAUACAUUGGUAGGAACACCUUUAUUUCUCUCUCCUAAACUAUAUUUUGCUUAUACAACUAAUUAGCCAGGAAAAGUAAAGUAAAUUAUUAACUUAAAUUUAGACAUGAUUUAGAGAAAAGUGAUGUAUUUUCAUUAGGAAUUACAUUUCUUUAAAUGAUUUUACUUCUAAGUGAUAAGGAUCUUUCAAAAUUGAAUGAUCCAAUCAUAUAUGAAGAGAAAACUGGAAAUGCUAUUGAUACUAGUGAUGAUCCAUUAAAGAAAAAAGAUUGUUAAGGUUGGAAGAAAUUACAAUUUCAUAUUAGCAAUAUUAAAAAUCCUUAAAUAAAGGUCUGUAUCUAAGGUAUGACAGAGUUUAGUGAAAGAAACAGAUUUACAUGGCUUAAAGCUUUAAAAGCAUUGAACCCAGAUUAUGAAGAUGAGUAAAUAAUCUAUUUAUUCUAGUGAAAAGGAUUAAUUUGUUCAUCCAGCUUCAAUUAAUGAUUAAUAGGCUAAAGCUAUUAAAUUUUAUUCUAAUUCAAACACAACUUUAAGAUAUUUAGGAACACUUAAUGAUAUAUCAAAUCAUAAAAAGAUCAUUUCUGCAGGUAGUUAAAUAUUAGCUUAUUCUAAUGAUGGAAUAAGAAUAAUAUCCUUACAAGGAGUAUCAGAAUGCAUAUUUACUUAAAGUAUUAAAUAAUCUUAAUGCAGAUGUCUCUUUUUUAUCAUAUAUACAGACAUUAAAUAUUUGUGUAGGGAUUACAUAAUAAGGAGAGAUUUUUGGAGUAAAUUUGAAAAGCAAAACUUUUUAUAGUGAAAAAAUUACACAUUUUUAAUAUGAUAAGAUAACUGUAAUUUUAUAUGAUAAUUACAUUAGGUGAUGAAAUAUAUGAGAAAAGAUUUAUGUAUUUUAGGAUCUUAAAAUGGAGAGAUUAUGAUUUUAGCAUUUGAUACUUAACCACCUUGUGUAAUUAAAAAAUAUAAAGAUGUGGAAAGAUCUGUUAUUGAUUUGAUUUAUGAGGAUGAAAAUAAAUAGAUUAUUUCUUCUCAUGAGAACUUUAUGAUUUAUGGAAAAUAAUUAGUUUAUGAAUAAUCGUAAUAUUCUAAUCUAAUUUUAGGGCUAAAUAUCAAUAUGAUUCUUAAAUCGAUAAUUUACAAUUAAUUUCUUCAGAAUAUUUUGCAGGAUUAAGUAAGAACCUGGCCUAAAUUCCUAUUUUUCACAUUAAGGAUGGUAUUUUAUGUUUCUUAUUUUAGGCAUAAUUAAUAUAGUUUAAAAAUGUUAAAUUACUGGAAAUAAUAUACCGUUGGCAUUAACUUUAUCUGGUAAUUAUCUUGUUUGGGUUUGUGAAAAAUAUAUUGGAUCAAUUUAAAUAAGCACAAAAUUGAAUUAAUCAAAAGAAGAUAAAAAUGAUGAACUUAUGGUUAAUGCUUCUAAGCCAGCAAAAUUAUUAUGUUUUUUGGAAAUUGAUAGAACAAUAAUAGCAAGUGAUGGAAUUAAACUCCAUAAAUAUUAAAUUGGAAAAAAAUCAUAAGAAAAAACUGUCUGUCAAAACUGCUAAAUUUUUUGA